CUCUCCACAAAGACAUGGGCUCCUGCCGAGCGGCCACCAUCACCGGCACCCUCUCCCGCAUCUCUCUCAAUGAUGAGGAGGAAGAGAAAGGUCCCGAGGGACUCAAUUACUCCACAUUGCCUGGCAACAUCAUGUCUAAAGUGAUCAUCCAGCAGCCCUCUGGACUUCACAUGUCCAUGGGCAUGGGUGAUCUGGGAGAGCAGUGUUUGGACAGCACGGCAGACAUGCGGCGGACCGUAUACCUGUGUACAGACGACACCACCAGGCAGAGCGAGCAGGAGCUGAGCGGCCACCCCCAGCCGGGGCAGAUGGAAACGGACUACAUGGUCCUGCCUCGCAGUUCCGCGACCGUGGUGUCGGGGGCCGGGUCCAGCAGCAUUCCCACCCUGCUGAAGGAGGACAGCAAGAUGAGCAUGACCAUGGACUCUCUGUCGCACGACAGGUUGAUGCAUUACAAGAUGGGCGCAGAGUUUAACCUCGGGCCCUCUGGGAUGGAGCACAUGGGAAUGGAACAGCAGUACUCUGUCCAGGCAGAACACAUGCACAACUUGCCCUUCGAGCCACGCACGGCUGUGAAGAACUUCCUGGCGGAAAUGGAGGAAAGCGGAGGACUGUCUCGAAGCGAAACCGGUUCAACUAUAUCGAUGAGCUCUUUAGAGAGACGAAAGUCGAGGUACCAGGAUCUAGACUUCGAGGUGAGUGAAACCUUUGCUUGGCAAAGUGCAUGCGUCAGGCCUUUGUUGCACCAAGCGAAGGGCCAUUUGUUGCGUUUGUGUUUCGCCCCUUUAAUUUACAACUACUUUGUGUAGCACUUAAGCUUAUUGGAGUAGCAUGUCCUGACACAACUGCGAUUUAUGAAGCGUUGUGUGGUUUAGCGUAAAAGCAAUGCCGUCAGCCACCACAUAUUCCCAUUUUAUCCUUUUACAUCCCCUGAUUUCAAGCUGAAAAUCAAAAAAUAGCCUGUAUAUUUUCACAUUUUUAAGGUCACUUGCAGAAUCCCCCAGAGCGUUUCAGCCCUUUACCAAAAAAUGUAAUUGAAUGUCAAGUGCUACCACUGACCCUUCAUAUAUGCCAGUGCCGUUUGUCAUAACCUUGUCAUAGCAUUCAGACAAAUUUGCAGGGUGGGCACGGCAUUUUUACACAGUGAUAAAUUCUUUGAAAGUA